AUGUGGACGAGUGUGGCGCAAUCUCUGGCGUGUGCGAUGGUGGGGAGUGCACUAACACAGCAGGCAGCUACGUGUGCACGUGUCCACGUGGGUUCAUGACCAGCCCUGAUGGAUCACGCUGCAUUGACCAGCGGAUUGGGACAUGCUUCUCUGCGCUGAUCGGGGGCCGCUGUGCCGGGGACCUCCCUGGCCAGUACACCAAGAUGCAGUGCUGCUGUGACUCCGGGCGCUGCUGGGCCAUUGCUCAGACUCCAGAGAUGUGCCCUGUCCGGGGCUCUGAUGAGUACCGCAGGCUUUGCAUUGAAGGACUCCCAGUCGUGCCAGGGUUCCCUGGGAACUUCCCAGCAAUUCCUGGAUUCGGGCCCAAUGGUGUUGGGCCAGGACUCAAUGGGCCUGGAGGCAUUGGACCAAAUGGGGCAAAUGGACAAGGCGGGAUCCCAGGUCUGCCUGGAAUGGGCGCAGGAAGUUCAAGCAUUGGAACUGCCACUUUGAAUCAGACCAUUGACAUCUGCAAGCAUUUCACCAACCUCUGCCUGAACGGACGCUGCAUCCCCACCCCAUCCAGCUACCGCUGCGAGUGCAACAUGGGGUACAAGCAGGACGUGCGCGGGGAGUGCAUCGAUGUGGAUGAGUGCUCCAGCAGCCCCUGCGUGCAUGGUGACUGCGUGAACACACCAGGCUCCUACCACUGCAAGUGCCACGAGGGCUUCCAGAGCACCCCCACAAAGCAGGCUUGCAUUGAUAUCGAUGAGUGCAUCAUGAAUGGAGUGAUGUGUAGGAACGGCCGCUGUGUUAACACUGAUGGAAGCUUCCAGUGUAUCUGCAAUGCUGGCUUUGAAAUCACCCCUGAUGGCAAGAACUGUGUUGAUCAUGAUGAAUGCGCCACGACCAACAUGUGCCUCAAUGGGAUGUGUAUCAAUGAGGAUGGCAGCUUCAAGUGCAUCUGCAAGCCUGGUUUUGUGCUGGCUCCCAACGGGCGGUACUGUGUAGACAUCGACGAGUGUGAGACACCAGGGAUCUGUAUGAAUGGCUGGUGCAUUAACACAGAGGGCUCCUUCCGCUGCGAGUGCCUCGGGGGCCUGGCCAUCGGUGUGGAUGGACGAGUCUGUGUGGACACCCACAUGCGCAGCACGUGUUACGGAGGCAUUAAAAAGGGCACAUGUGCUCGUCCCUUCCCAGGAGCAGUCACCAAGUCUGAGUGCUGCUGUGCUAACCCAGACCAUGGCUUCGGAGAGCCCUGCCAGCCCUGUCCGGCCAAGAACUCUGCUGAAUUCCAGGCGCUCUGCAGCAGUGGCAUUGGAAUAACAGCUGAUGGCAGAGACAUCAAUGAAUGUGCCCUCAACCCUGACAUCUGCCCCAAUGGUAUGUGUGAGAACCUGCGAGGGAGCUACCGCUGCAUCUGCAACCUGGGCUACGAGUCAGAUCCCACGGGCAAGAACUGUGUGGAUGUUGAUGAAUGCACUGUCAAUCGUCUGCUGUGUGACAAUGGACUGUGCCGCAACACACCCGGCAGCUACACCUGCACCUGCCCCAAGGGCUUUGUCUUCAGGACGGAGACAGAUACCUGUGAAGAUAUCAACGAGUGCACCUCUAACCCCUGUGUGAACGGUGUCUGCAGGAACAAUGCUGGUUCCUUUGCUUGUGAGUGCUCCCCUGGCAGCAAGCUGGACCCCAGCGGCACCAUCUGCGUGGACAGCAUGAAAGGGACGUGCUGGCUGAACAUCCAGGAUGGACGUUGUGAGGUGAACAUCAACGGGGCCACACUGAAAUCGGAGUGUUGUGCCACGCUGGGGGCAGCGUGGGGCAGCCCCUGUGAGCGCUGUGAGAUUGAUACUGCCUGUCCCCGGGGAUAUGCUCGGAUGAAGGGGGUCACGUGUGAAGAUGUGAAUGAGUGCGAGGUCUUCCCUGGUGUCUGCCCAAAUGGGCGCUGUGUGAACACGGCUGGCUCUUUUCGGUGCGAGUGUCCAGAAGGACUGACCCUUGAUGGCACUGCUAGGACAUGUGUGGAUGUGCGUGUGGAACAGUGCUACAUGAAAUGGGACGAAGACGAGUGCACGGAGCCGCUGCCAGGCAAGUACCGCAUCGACAUGUGCUGCUGCUCCGUGGGCUCAGCCUGGGGCAUCGACUGUGAAGAAUGUCCCAAGGUUGGCUCCAGUGAGUACAAGGCCAUCUGCCCAAGGGGACCUGGCUUUGCCAACCGAGGAGACGUGCUUUCAGGAAGGCCUUUCUACAAAGAUGUGAAUGAAUGUAAGGUCUUCUCUGGCCUGUGCACUCAUGGGACCUGCCGAAACACCAUUGGCAGCUUCAGGUGUCUCUGUGGCAACGGCUUUGCUUUGGAUGCUGAGGAAAGGAACUGCACAGACAUCGAUGAGUGCCGCAUCUCACCAGACCUGUGUGGCCAUGGCACCUGUGUCAACACGCCGGGCAGCUUCGAGUGCGAGUGCUUUGAAGGCUACGAGAGUGGCUUCAUGAUGAUGAAGAACUGCAUGGAUAUCAAUGAGUGUGAGCGGGACCCACUGCUGUGCCGAGGUGGGAUCUGCAUGAACACAGAUGGCAGCUUCGAAUGCAUCUGCCCCCCUGGACAUGAGCUGACGUCUGAAGGGAACACUUGCAUAGAUAUCAACGAAUGCUCCCUCAGUGACAACCUGUGUCGCAAUGGACGCUGCGUCAACGUCAUUGGUACCUACCAGUGUGCCUGUGAUUCGGGUUUCCAGGCCACACUGGACAGGCAGGGCUGUGUUGACAUUGAUGAGUGCACCAUAACCAAUGGUGGCUGUGACACACACUGCUCCAACUCGGAGGGCAGCUAUGAAUGCAGCUGCAGUGAAGGCUACGCGCUGAUGCCAGACAAGAGAUCAUGUGCAGAUAUUGAUGAAUGUGAGGAUAAUCCAGACAUCUGUGAUGGGGGGCAGUGCACUAACAUCCCUGGGGAGUACCGCUGCCUCUGCUUUGAUGGCUUCAUGGCAUCCCUGGAUAUGAAGACCUGUAUUGACGUGAAUGAAUGUGAUCUCAACCCUAACAUCUGCCUGCACGGCGAGUGUGAAAACACAAAGGGCUCCUUCAUCUGUCACUGCCAGCUGGGCUACUUUGUCAAGAAGGGAACCACAGGCUGCACAGACAUUGAUGAGUGUGAGAUUGGGGCUCACAACUGUGACAUGCACGCCUCCUGCAUCAACGUGCCCGGGAGCUUCAAAUGCAAGUGUCGUACAGGCUGGCUUGGAGAUGGGCUGAAGUGCAACGACCUGGAUGAAUGCGCAACUGAAGAGCACAAGUGCAACCUGAAUGCCAACUGUGUCAACACACCAGGCUCCUACCGCUGUGCCUGCCGAGAAGGCUUCAAUGGGGAUGGCUUCUCCUGCUCUGAUGUGGAUGAGUGUGCGGACAACGUGAACCUGUGUGAGAAUGGCCAGUGCCUCAAUGCACCCGGGGGGUACCGCUGCGAGUGUGAGAUGGGCUUCAACCCCACAGAGGACAGCAAGGCCUGCCAGGACAUUGAUGAAUGCACCUUCCAGAACAUCUGUGUCUUUGGGACCUGCCAGAACCUGCCUGGGAUGUUCCGCUGUGCCUGUGAUGAAGGCUAUGAACUGGACAGGAGUGGAGGCAACUGCACAGACAUCAAUGAAUGUGCAGACCCUGUGAACUGCAUCAACGGCCUGUGUGUCAACACCCCUGGCAGCUACCUCUGCAACUGUCCACAGGACUUCGAGCUGAACCCCACUGGUGUGGGCUGUGUGGAUACCCGUGUUGGGAAUUGCUUCCUUGACACCCAGGAUCGAGGCGAUGGUGGGAUCUCCUGCAGCGCAGAGAUUGGAGUUGGGGUCACCCGGGCAUCCUGCUGCUGCUCGCUGGGGCGUGCAUGGGGCAACCCAUGUGAGCUUUGUCCUCCAGCCAACACGACUGAAUACAAGACCUUGUGCCCUGGAGGAGAAGGUUUCCGGCCCAACCCCAUCACUGUCAUCCUGGAAGAUAUCGAUGAGUGCCAGGAGCUGCCGGGCCUCUGCCAGGGUGGCAACUGUGUGAACACCUUUGGCAGCUUCCAGUGCGAGUGCCCCCUCGGCUACUACCUCAAUGAGGACACGCGCAUCUGUGAAGAUAUUGAUGAGUGCUCUGCUCACAUUGGGAUCUGUGGCCCUGGGACCUGCUACAACACCCUUGGCAACUACACCUGCGUGUGCCCCCCUGAGUACAUGCAAGUCAACGGAGGAAAUAACUGCAUGGACAUGAGGAAGGGCGUGUGCUACCGCAACUACAAUGACACGUGUGAGAAUGAGCUCUCCUUCAACAUGACCAAGAAGAUGUGCUGCUGCUCCUACAACAUUGGCAAGGCCUGGAACAAGCCAUGCGAGCCCUGCCCCACACCAGCCAGCCCUGAGUACCAGAUCCUGUGUGGGAACCAGGCCCCCGGCUUUAUCAUCGACAUCCACACAGGAAAGCCGAUCGAUAUUGAUGAGUGCAGUGAGAUCCCUGCUAUCUGCACCAAUGGUGUCUGCAUCAACCAGAUUGGCAGCUUCAGGUGCGAGUGUCCCAUUGGAUUCAGCUACAACAACAUCCUGCUCAUCUGUGAAGACAUCGACGAGUGCAGCAGUGGGGAGAACCUCUGCCAGCGCAACGCCGACUGCAUCAACAUCCCGGGCAGUUACAGGUGCGAAUGCUCAACCGGAUACAAGCUGUCGCCUAGUGGAGCCUGCGUGGGUCGCAACGAAUGCCAGGAGAUCCCCAAUGUCUGCAGCCACGGGGACUGUGUGGACACCGAGGGCAGCUACGUCUGCAUCUGCCACAACGGCUUCAAGGCCACGGGGGAGCAGACCAUGUGCAUGGAUAUUGAUGAGUGUGACCGACAGCCCUGUGGAAAUGGGACCUGCAAGAACACAGUUGGCUCCUACAACUGCCUCUGCUUCCCUGGCUUCGAGCUAACACACAACAACGACUGCAUGGACAUUGAUGAGUGUUCAUCCCUGGUGGGGCAGGUGUGUCGGAAUGGCCAGUGCAUCAACAGCAUCGGCUCCUUCCAGUGCCUAUGCCAAGAGGGGUAUGACCGGACUCCUGAUGGGAAGAACUGUGUAGAUAUCAAUGAGUGUGUGAGCCUGCCUGGGACCUGCUCCCCGGGUACCUGCCAGAACCUGGAGGGCUCCUUCCGCUGUAUCUGCCCUCCUGGCUACGAGGUCCAGAACGACAACUGCAUUGAUAUCAACGAGUGUGAAGAGGAGCCCAACAUCUGCCUUUUUGGGACGUGCACCAAUACCCCUGGCAGCUUCCAGUGCGUGUGUCCUCCAGGCUUUGUGCUGUCUGACAAUGGCCGGCGGUGCUUUGAUACUCGCCAGAGCUUCUGCUUCACUCGCUUUGACAACGGGAAGUGCUCUGUUCCCAAGGCCUUCAACACCACCAAGGCUCGCUGUUGCUGCAGCAAGAUGCCAGGAGAAGGCUGGGGAGACCCGUGUGAGCUGUGCCCGCAGGAAGGGAAUG